AUGUUGAAACUCUCAGACAGAGAUAUGCCGGUUAUUCCGGGUACCAAAAUCGAGAAUGAGGAGUUACAAGAAUUGCGUCUCAUGCUCGCAGACUUACUUAGAAGAAAAAACACCCAGUUUCCAGGUUCUCAACCAGUAUCUUUUGAACGGAACCACAUAGACGUACUCAAGCGAAGGGAGUAUUUUGUAUGCGAAAAGUCUGAUGGUUUGCGUUGUCUCUUAUUCUUGAUUAAUGAUCCUGUGAAGGGAGAAGGUGUUUUUCUAAUAACCAGAGAAAACGAAUACUACUUCAUCCCGAAUAUACACUUUCCUCUCACUACCAGCGAAGAUCAGGGCCGGACUUUCCACCAUGGAACGUUAUUAGAUGGUGAGUUGGUCUUGGAGACGAAGAAUGUUCUGGAGGCGUUUCUUCGAUACUGUAUUUUUGAUGCUUUAGUUGUCAAUGAAAAAGACAUCACAAACAGACCACUACCUAAGAGACUCGGAUAUAUAACAGAGCACGUCAUGAAACCAUUUGAUGCUUUCAAGGCACGUCACCCGGAAAUAGUCAAUUCCCCCGAUUUUCCGUUCAAGGUAAGUUUCAAGAUGAUGAAACUGUCGUAUAGAGCGAACGUGGUUUUGGCGAUGCAAGACCAGUUAUUCCAUGAGUCAGAUGGAUUGAUUUUUACCUGCGCUGAGACGCCAUACGUGUUUGGAACUGAUGCUACUUUGCUCAAGUGGAAACCAGCGCAUGAAAACACCAUCGACUUCAAGAUGGAGAUGUCGUUCAAGCAAUAUCAGGAUCCCGAUAUGGAUCCCCACGAUCCUGACUCUACAUACUUCGAUUACGACAGUGUACCUGAGAGCAUUGACUUGAGAGUUUGGAAAGGAGGAAAAGAAUACGAACCCUUUGCCAAAAUGGAUCUUGAAGAGGAAGACUGGAAACAACUUAAGGAGCUAAACGAGCCUUUGCAAGGUAGAAUUGUGGAAUGCCGAAAGAAACUCAGUAAGCCACCAUUUUGGGAGAUGCUCCGGUUCAGGAACGACAAGAGUAAUGGUAACCACUACACGGUAGUGGAGAAAAUUCUUCACAGUAUAGAGGAUGGAGUUGGAGAGAAAGAGCUCAUUGAUGCGUGCCCAGCUAUUGAAAAGGCAUGGAAGCAGAGAGAGGCAGAGAGACAUCAAAGAGCUAAACAUGCACAUGCCAAUUCAAACCAUACAGCUCCACCGGUGUCACAUGGCAAGGAUAGUCAGAAAGAGCGUCGACCUGAACAAGACGCACCAACAGCACCUUCUUCCAAGAAGCCGCGGGCACAAGAAGAGCAAAUGUUGCAGGACAUGAUGCCAGACUACGAAGAUGAUAGUGAUCUGGAGUAA